AUGUCAACUUAUAAUAUUUUAUUUGAAAUACUUGUAGAAAAAGUUAGUGGACCUAUUGUUGAAAAACGUAGUGUAGAAAUUACUAGUGAUUGGAAAAUUGAAAAUCCAUCAAUGAUUAAAGUAAUAGCAACAUUACUUGGAAAUUCACCAGAUAAUAUUCAUUUAUAUGAUAUGAAAUCUCGUUUUCUUGAUGAUAUGAUUUUUUUACUUUCAUCAGCAAAAUAUUUACUUGGUCUUGCUUAUAUCUAUCAAUCAAAUGAUCAACAAAUAGCUGUAACUGAUCGAGUUUUUGAAUUAUUAAAUAUUUUAUUACAUCAUGCUAUUAAAUUUGAAUUUGAUGGAUGGAGAAUAACUAAAGAAGAUUAUUAUCGAAAAAUUAAUAAAAUGGUUGAAAAUAUGAAAGAUGAUGAUGAAAAUGAUCAAAAAACAACAGUUUCUACAUCAACAGCAAGCGGUCCAGACACACCAAUCGAUGGACAAUCAGUGACAACACUGGCUAAUCAUCAAAUAUUUUGUGCUAAUGUUGUACAUAUUAUAUCUCAAAUGUCUGAAGUUUUAUGUAAUGGAUGUGGCGGUCUUUUACCAUUACUUGCUAGAGCAACAUAA